GUUUUAUCUCAGUCUGGGCGGAUGAUAUAAGCGGAAAAAAACUUCAGGUUAGAUGUAUUUAAAAUAACUCAUCAUUAACAGAACAUGGCAUCCAAUAUUGAUUUUGGAAAUAGCCCAGCAUUGCAAAAUUGUGAUACUUGUAAAAAGGAAGAGAUAUCAACUGCUGCCAUUUCGUUUUGUAAAACUUGCUCCGCAUUCCUGUGCGACGAUUGCAAAGAUAAACACGGUGGAUGGUUUCAGAAGCACACAUAUCUCUCAGUAAUUGAAGGUAUCCAGCAGAUUUCGACGAAAGAAGACAAACUCAAGUUAGAGGAGAGAGCAAGGAUUGAACACGGUUUUGUACCGAGUCGAGACCCGAGGAAGCCAAGUAAACCACAGAAUAAUGAAGUAACGGCAGAAUCAGUUCUGCUUUCAUGGGAUGCACCAUCCGAGAAAAGAAAAGGUGAUGUGUUUGAAGUCCGCUUUACCGAAAUAAGCAAAGAAAGCAAAACAAAAAGAUGGAUAACUGUGCAAAAUAAGUUUACUACAGAGUAUGGCAAAAUUAAUGGUUUGAAGAGUAAUACAUCAUUCCAGUUUGUUGUGCGAGUUGUUGAUGAAGAAGGUGAUGAAGGGCCAAAGAGCGAACCAAGCGAUAUAAUUAAAACAUGUGAAUCCCUUGGAACAAAGCUUAUCAAAACAUCGAAAGUGUUAGAAAAAAUCCCGGCCUAUCCCACUUCAUAUCGCAUUUUUAUGAGUGAAGUAAAUGGAGCAAGGACAGAACGAACAAAAACAAGGAGGUUUGAAAUCGGAACAAGAUAUAAAGUGAACAGGGAAGAAAAAACUAUACUUGUUAUAGGAGAAACUGGGAGCGGAAAAAGCACUAUGGUAGACGGAAUGACGAAUUAUAUCCUGGGUGUAAAUUUUAACGACCCGUUUCGCUUUCGAGUUGUCACAUUAGAAGCGGAGGAAAACGAACGACGCGGCAAUCAGGCACUUUCACAAACGGAAUGGAUUACAUGCUACACCAUCUUUCCAGAGGUUGGCACUCGUUUAAAUUACACACUGAACAUCAUUGAUACACCUGGCUUUGGAGAUACAAGAGGACUUGAGCAAGAUGAAAAGAUAGUCGACCAGAUCCGAGAGUUAUUUACCAACAAAGAACCGAAAGGGGUGCAGACUAUCGAUGCCGUUUGCUUCAUUGUAAAAGCAUCAGAUGCGAGACUGACGCCAAUUCAGAGCUACAUAUUUCAGUCAAUCAUGUCCCUGUUUGGGAAAAAUAUUGGACAAAACAUAUGUACGCUGAUAACAUUUGCCGACGGCGCUGAGCCGAUGGUAUGCGAUUCACUAAAAGAAUCUGGAUUACCCUUCGGAAAGCAUUUCACCUUCAACAACUCUGCCCUGUUUGCUCCAAAUGGAAAACCGGAUACGUAUGACAUGUCAUCAUUUUUCUGGAAUAUGAGCAUGAUGGGUUUCGAAAGGUUUUUCAAGGAAAUGAAAUCAUUCAAAACGCAAAGCCUUCAGCUGACUGGAGAUGUCUUAAUUGAACGAAACAGGCUGCAAAUGGUACUUAAAAACUUGGAACCAAAGAUAGAUGCUGGCUUGGCUAAAGUCAGUCAGAUAAAUUGUGAAAAGAUGGCAUUCGAAAAAGCAGCGAACGACAUGGAGAUCAACAAAAUAUACACAGUCACGAGGGAUGUUUCAGAACAAAUAAAAGAAGAUCCUGAAAAAGGGUUUAUAACAUUUUGUACACCGUGCCAGUAUAUGUGCCAUGAACCGUGUGUUUUUGAGGCUGAUGAGGACAAAAAGCAUUGUGCAGCCAUGGGGAGUUCGGGAUAUUGCACAGUUUGUCCCAAAGGUUGUUUUUGGAGAUCCCAUAAAAACUUUGUACAGUCGGUUUUCAAAACCAUCACAAAAUCAGUAACGGAAACGCUUGAAGAUAUAAAGGCCAAAUAUGAACAAGCUGCGGGAGCAAAGCUCACCCAACAACAGAUCAUUGAACAAAUGGACCGUGAGUUAAAAAAACUUGCUGCAGCAAUAGAUGACAUGAUAAGAGAAUGUCAAAAAUGCAACAUGAAAUUAUCCGAGAUUGCACUUCGUCCCAAUCCUCUCACUAUGACGGACCACAUAGAGUUGAUGAUAGAAGCGGAGAAAAAGGUUGCAAAGCCUGGAUGGGAGAAUAGAAUAAAAGUUUUGGAAGGAUUCAUGAAAAGGGCUGAACUUCAGAAAAAAGUUGUACAUGAGACAUGCCGUUAUGCAGAACGGUACACGACUAAAGAGAUCGGGACAAGACGAGGGUCAACUUCAAAUAUGCUGUUUUUAACGAUCUGGAAAGGAGAAAACGUGUAUUUCCAUUCACCUUUUCGACACAAGAAUAGUGGAAAUCUUCGCCUUUAAAAUUGGUCUUCACAUCCCAGAAAUUGCCGUAUUAUCAGAGAACGAAGCUAAUUGUGUAUGAAUCCUUUGUGUAAAACGUUUCAUCUACAAGUAUAAAUAUAUUUUGUUUGAUUGUUAGAGGUGUUUUUUCAGUUUGUCUGCACAAGCAUAAAUGUAAUUGCUGUACUCGGACUUGUGUUUACAAACGCUUUAUUUGUAUACAAUUUGAGCAUUAACGUGCAUGUAUUGAAUAGAUAUCACACUCGUAGACAUAAUGGUCAGGAAAUGGCUACAGAGUCUUGCAUAGUGUUAUCAUUGCAUAAGGCAUGCUGUUAAUUUAUAGUCUGUAAAAUGUAAAUAAGGGAAACGCAAUCAUUAACGAUUCAAUCAGUCUUAUCAAAAUAGUGAUAAUUAAAUUUCAAGUCUGUCAGAUUGUUAUCAAGUAAAAUGUUGAUACAGUCGAACCCCGUUGGCUCGAACUCCUGCGGACCGGCGAAAAUACCUCGAGCCUCGGAAAAUUCGAGCCAAGCGGUUAUGCUUUCCUUCAGUAUAAUUAAAUCGAUCCUUAACAUAAGUUUGGGUCAUCAAGGAAUUCGAGCCAAGCGAGUUCAAGCCAACGGGGUUUGACUGUACAUUAUUUAAUUUUUUUCAAUGAAUUCAUGUCUAUCUUUCGAUGUAAAUAUUGUUUUACUAAAAAAGGUUUACGUAUUGUUUUUAUGUAUUAGUGUCAUGUUUGUUAUAAAAAACUAUAUUCUAUGUGUUUUUAUUAACCGGUUGAAUUUACUUACCCAUGUUUUAAUCUGUAUAAGUAAUAGUUGUUUUGAUAACAUAUGUUUUAUAUCUUUCUUUGUGCCUUUCAUUUUGAAAAUGAGGAAUAUUAUAGAGGUGUCGGUUAAGCAAGCCUUUGGUGCGUCUGUCGACCAUAACAGGACAUUUUCAAAAGAAUCCCAAAUAGGCAAAUAGCGACAAUGAUGUGUCCAGCGUGAAAAAAGCAGAUUACAUAUGCACGGUGGCACUGUCAACUUGGCAAUAGACAUCGGAACCUACCCUUAUCACGAGAAAAUACGGUGGAGGUUUAGCUGUGUCCAGGCGAGCCGAUUUGUAACCAAAGUCUUUUUCUUACUUUGGCAUCAUAACUGUAGCACCAUUAAUGAAUGUGCGUUCAUCCGAGUCGGAUGUUUUUAUACAAAAUACUGUUUGAUUUAGCUAGCUAUUGUAUUACAGGCUGUAAUGAUGAGUGUACUAUGUUCGAGAAUUUCUUUAUCAUUGUAUUUAUUAAGUGUAUUCCAUAAUUUGUUUUCAUAAUAAGUAAUGCUUCGUGUGCUCUUUUUGUCAGAAUGAUAACUCCAUGUGAAAAAACGUAGAUCGAUAAGUUCACUCAAAAUGAAGUAAUAUAAGUUAAACUUUAAAUUCCCAUACGCAGGCACCAAAAAUACUUUUGUUUUCAUUUCAUAAUUGAUAUUUAAAAACAAAUUUAAAACCUAGAUAUUACAGAGUCCUGGUAAAAAGAGGGGAGGGGAGGUGUUAGCUCAUGUAUAAAAGUUGAAAUUAAAGCUUUUGUAAAUAUUAAGUUACGUCUGCUAUUCUUUUUAUAACUCUAGGAAACUGAUAAUUCAUAUUUUAUAUAAUCACAGUUUUGUUGUUUUGUACAUACUUAUUGUUCGCUUAAUUUUAUCUUAAAUAUAACAUUCGAAACGGGACGCUCUCUUAUCGUUGUAGUUAUACGCGUAUAUAAACAGAGUGUAAUUGAACUAUCAAAUGUUUCACGUCCGAUUCGGACAUUUAUGCUUUUGUUUUCAUCUUAAAUGCGCAUAGCCUAUAUUUGCUAAAGGAAUCUGACCCGGAAAUAAGCUUGUUCUCUGCUCCAUAACCUUAAGUAGCUGAACACGCGGUGUUUUUGGGUUUUGGUAUCAUUUUAAAGGAUAGCAAUUACCGAUUAUUUAUAUUCGACGUAAAUUGCCAAAACGUCAUUAUUCAUUUAAUUAUUGUAGUUUGUAUAUUUGUUCCUCGGGCGUGCGGUGACAUAAUUUGCUAUUUUCCAAGGCCAAAAAAUGUUGUUGUUUUUUAAUAUUGAUGUCUGUCUAUAUUUUACACUUUCUUAUUAAUGAUUAUAAACCCUUUGAAAUGAUGCCAAAAUAAUAUGGGGUCAUACACAUUUCAUUUAUUAGUUAACAUACUACAAUAUGUAAUCUGGACUUCUUUAAUAUUUGAGAUAAACUUUGCUUUAUUUAUAUUGGUAGGAAAAUAGACUUUUUUAAUGUUUCUAGGGAUUUAUUAGUUAACUUACUACGAUAUUUAAUCUGGACUUCUUUAAUAUUUGAGAUAAACUUUGCUUUAUUUAUAUUGGUAAGAGAAUAAACGUCUUAAAUGUUUCUAAUGAUCAUAUCAAUCUACUUCUAUCAUGUCCUCAUAAAGAUCUUAAACAUUUGAGAAAUUAUUAAACUUAUUAAAAGAACCUCAGUGUGCCCAUUUAUGAAGAAAUAUUAUUCAGAAUUAAGUAGAUUAGCAGAUAUUGUGUUAUGUUGUUAUGCUUAGUGACUCAUUUUAACUGUUAUAGUUACUAGUGUCUAACCGUUUUGAAUUAUCUCUCUUUUAAAAUAACAUUAGGUCGGACAAAAGACUGUGGUGGUUGAAUGGUGUCUUUCAAAUUUGGCAAUUGCUUGACUCAUGAAUAUCAAUAAAAUAACGGAUAUUACUUAUUACCUAUAUUUGUAAACACAUUAAAUCGGGAUAAUUCAUUUCGUGAAUUGCAUUUUGGACCACGGCAAAUUGAACCUAAUUAAACAUCAAAGAUACAAAAUAGAAAAUUUGAAAAUUAUUGAAUGCAUUAUAUAGUUUUAACGUUUAGCAUUGGGCAAAUAAUGGCCUCUUCAAAUGAGACAAGAGUGGCGCCAGGAAAGAAAAUAAAUCAAAUGAAAUAAUGGAUAAAGAUAUUCAUUUCUCGUCGUCAUAUAAUACCCUAUUGAAAUGAAAUGAAACGACAGAAAAUGUUUCGGUAAUCAACACUAAUCUACACUCAUAUUUUUUCAAAACUCGUUGAAUUGUUUUAUUGUUUUAAUGAUGGAAACCAUAUAUAGUGUAUUGUAAUAUGUAAAUAUGUUUGUUUUUUGAAUUUCUACUAUAUAAUGAUGAAAGGGUCUGCUUUGGUUUUGCGGUUUCUGCUUAAAGCUUGAAUCUUAAUUAAUUAAUAAUCAUUAAAAGUCCGUAUUCUUUUUCAUGAGAGGUUAUAUUUCCAUUUCCAUAGGUUUAUUCGAUAUUUAGUGUGUUUCAUGAUAACAUAUCAGGAAAGAAUUGUAAAACCAAACUCCUUAGUUCUACGUAUAUGAUAUUGGUUGAACGAUAAAAUAUAAAUAUAUUACAGUUAGUAGAUGCAAUUAUUUGUUGACCAAUUAACAUUGGGUUUUAUUCAAAUAUCUGUGUCCCAGCAAGCUACUGGGCCAAUGCCAUCAGAAGGAAACUUAAGCAGAUUUUGUUUUAAUUCGGCUGACUUUGUAAUCCUCGAUGCUCUGCUAGGAGAAUUAUGGAUUGUUAGUAACAAGGGACAUUUCGUCCAAUGUUCGAACUUUCCAAACCUUUAAACUUGUAAAGUUUAUAUCUAAUACAAAAACAAAUCUUUAAAACAAACUUUGUCAAAUCGUUCUACUUAAUAUGAAUAAUACCCAACAUUCUUUGAUCCACAAAAAAUUGCAUACACUAAAUCUAAAAAUGGUAAAUCAGAAUUUAUUUAAGGAAAAAUAUUCGUAGCAUACGAGAAAUCUUGUUUCUGUAGUAUCAUAAUAAAGAUCGG